AUGGCAGAGGAGCAAACCCUGAAAACCCUGAGUUCCAACUCCACAAAAAAGGAGCCUUCAAAUGGUGCCCCAGCUGCUCCACCAGCUUCGUUCGUUCCCACGAGACCUCAAGUACUCACAUCGAAGGAUAAAGAUACCAAAAGACUAGUGGUAGUCUUAUCGCAGGCAUGUUUGGAGACACAUAAGAUUGGCACGGGUGCCUCUGCUGGUGACAAAUAUGCUCUUUUGAACUGUGAUGACCACCAGGGCUUAUUGAGGAAGAUGGGCCGUGAUAUUGCCGAAGCCAGACCUGAUAUCACCCAUCAGUGCCUCUUGACUUUGUUGGACUCCCCUAUCAAUAAGGCAGGCAGACUACAGGUAUUUAUCCACACUGCGAGAGGGGUAUUGAUAGAAGUGAAUCCCAGCGUAAGAAUCCCAAGAACUUUUAAGAGAUUCUCUGGUUUGAUGGUGCAGCUUUUGCAUAAACUCAGCAUUCGCCUGGUAAAUUCCGAGGAAAAAUUGCUCAAAGUGAUCAAGAAUCCUAUCACGGAUCAUCUUCCAACAAAGUGCCGUAAGAUCACAUUAAGUUUCGAUGCAGAAAUCAGAAGAGUGCAAGACUACGUGGAAACUUUAGAUGAAGAUGAAAGCAUAUGCGUUUUUGUGGGUGCCAUGGCUAGAGGUCAGGAUAACUUUGCUGACGAAUACGUCGAUGAGAAGAUUGGGCUUUCCAAUUAUCCUUUAUCGGCUUCUGUGGCUUGCUCUAAGUUCUGUCACGGAUGCGAGGACGUGUGGGGUAUCAUGUAA